AUGGAUACAGAGAAUGACACUUGCCACUAUCGGUUGUUUGUUGAGCCGGGGAGCCCUGCAAUCAGCGCAUUCAUGUUUUCUGCAGGAGUUGCUGGGAAUGUAAUCGCGUUAAUCCUUUUAGAAAUUCGCCGAAGAAAGGACAAAACUCGACAACGUCUUUCACUUUUCCGUAUGCUAGUGAUUUCGCUGGUGGUUACGGAUUUAAUGGGAACUUGUCUUGUUAGUCCUCUUGUGCUUACUUCAUACGCCGUCAAUUUAACGAUAACGGGAAUGGAUAACAACCACGACGUGUGUAAAUAUAUCGGAUUUAACAUGACUUUCUUCGGUCUGGCCACUUUGUCCAUCCUUGUUGCAAUGGCUUUGGAGCGCUGUCUUUCUAUAGGAUGCCCGUACUUCUAUGAGAGGCAUGUCACUAAGCACCGCGGCUCCUGCUGUAUUCCCUUUAUUUACUUGAAUUGCAUAAUAUUUUGCGUUUUGCCUUUCAUUGGCUUCGGGGAUUAUGUGCAGUACUGUCCAGGGACGUGGUGUUUCAUUGACAUGAACCCUUUAAGACUAGAGGACAAAAUUUACGCCAAUCUAUAUGCAACUAUGAUGCUUGGGAUAAUAAUCUCAAUAGUGGUUUGUAACGCCUGUGUAGUCUAUCAUUUGUUUCUUAUGUACUGGAGGCGCAAAGAAAACCAGGCAUCUAUAGUCAAACAGACCAGAGGAGAUGAAACAUAUUUCACUAUGGCAGAAGAAAUUGAACAUCUUCUUCUGAUGGUCUUUAUGACGGUGGCCUUCAUGAUUUGUUCACUUCCACUUACGAUCCGUGUCUAUAUCAACUCUGCAGGUCAGAGGAAGGAGAGCCACCACUUGGAUCUCAUUGUGCUGAGAUUCCUGGCCAUCAACUCUAUUAUCGACCCCUGGGUUUUCAUCUUCCUCAGCCCUUCUGUGUUACGUUUUCUAACAAGGGCCCUGUCUUGCAAUGUACAAGAGUGAUAUUAAAGUCCUUUCUGGAGAAAGCUCAGGUUAAGCAGUGCACAAAAAGAACUUCUACAAACACUUUAUAGUACAUGAUAUGUAAGAUGUUAGUGCUGCCAUCUCACUGUAGCUCCACUCUCAGUCAACAUAAAAAACCUGAUUAUACGAUUACCAUAAAAAGAUCAAUGGAAGGUCCUACGUAGAUUUAGAGAUUAGCUUAUUGUAAGCACUGCAAAAGUUAGGUUUCAGUAUUAAGAUAACUAGCACUACAGCAGACAGCUUUGGUAUCAAUGAUUUUGGGGGCAGAAUUGUUUCUGAUGACAAAAUUGCUGCAAAGAUUUUUACAGUGAUUUUUAUUUAUUAAAUCAUUUGUUAGAUUACACUGAGGUAGUGUGCUUAGGCAGAAAAGUACAAGUAAUUAGGCAUCAAAAUACUGCAUGUGUUAAUGUGAUCAAAGAAAUAAUAACGCAUUAAGACUUUACAAUUUAAAAUGUAAUAAGGGUUUGAGUCUCUGCCCUGGCUCCAUGUGUGUGGAAUUUGCACAUUCUCCUCUCACCAUCGUGGGGUUUCCUCUGUGUACUCCAGUUUUCCACCACAGCCAAAAAAUAUGCUAAGGUGAACUGGAGCUACCAAAUUGACCAUAGCUGUACAUGUGUGAGUGAAUGGUGUAUCAAUGUGUAUUAUAUAUAUAUAUUUACUGUGACGCCAAUGGGGUUGGUCAGCAUGACUGAUUAUGCACUGUAUCAGCAUGCCUUGCACUGUAAUGGUCUUAUCUGUAAAUAAUAUAAAUGUAUAUGUGUAUUCAUGUAUGUUGUAAGUAGUACAUGUCGUAAAUGCGAAAAAUAAUUAAGAAUUUUAAUAUCCCUAAGGAUAAGGUAAUUUCAAUUGCUCUACACAAAAAAUAUUUAAUUGUAACAUUUAAAAAAAAAAAUUCUCAAGUCCGUGACAAUAUAUGGAAGUUUCUAUUGGACUUUAUUAUUUGUAACCUACAGAAGACAAUCCACAAAUAUAUACCAUAAUCCAGAAAUAUUUCACUAUCCACAAAUAUCAAUUUUUUAAAAUUUGUUGUAUAAAAUCAAAUCCACAAAAAUGCAGAGUGAUUUGCACACAUGAAACAGGUUUUGCAUAUAUGUGGAUCAUUUCAUUUCUAUUCAUGGAUCAUGUAACAUUUGUGUCGGAUUAUCAUAUUUGGUCAGACGAAAUAGAGGACGUGCUAGGGGAUCUGAGUUUUCACAUUCACCAACCAAUCAGGUAGCACUUCUCUUAUGAAUAAGUUAGUUAUAUGCAUAAUAUUAACUUAAUAUGCAUAUGUGGAUAUUCAUAGGUUAAUAUUCAUAUUCGUAGUUAAUAUGAAUAUGAAUAUUAACUUGAAUAUGAAAGUUUUCCUUAACCACCUUGUAAAACGAGGAAAACAUGGACAUAUGGAAACGUUACAGUUAACUCUUGUUUUAUAAUGUACACAAUAUGCGUGUAUGCAACUCUUUUUCAACAGAAGUUACAAAAUUCUAAGUUAAAGUUUGUUCAACUUCAAACAAAUGAUGCAAUUCACUAUUAACACGAAAACAAAAAUAAAGUGUCAAAGGUUCCAGAAGUUGACAUCACUUGUGAGCAGCAUGACAGUUGGGGAUGUACAUGAGCUUUGCAAAUGCUGAGUGGUUGCCAAAAAAUUGAAAAUUGGUGCAUUUUCCUUCACUUGGUACUCCACUGUAAUUUGCAACACCGGGUCAUAUGGGUUGCACUGCUAGACCUGGACAAACCGCUGAUUUUUGAAAAACCACCCGGACGCUUGGACAAGGGCCCAAAAAGAAGACAUGUCCAGGGGAACCCAGAUGUAUGGUAACCCAACAUUUUUGACUUCCUAUUUGUAGAUUUUUGAACAAUUCGUACUGCAGCUGAUCUGUUUUUAAAAAAUCACAAAUAGAUCAGCAUACAGAACUAUUUAUUUUUAUUUGUGUUGUAUGAAAUCAUAUCCACAAAAUAUUGGAAUGAUCUGUAUAUUUGAUCACAAAAAGGCCUACGAUGUGAUUUACUUAGAUUUCCAGAAGGCCUUUGAUGUUGUCCCCCACAAACGGCUCUUGCUAAAGCUCAAAGCUGCAGGGAUUUUAGGAA